UUCGUCCGUGAUGAUGAGUCGAGUCCGAGUCUGAACAACUAGCAGCAUAGAUACUGCAAUCACUGAAAAUUGAGACUACUUUCGUGACUAAAAAUCCGAGCAGGAUAUGCCAUUCUUGAUUUUUCUCCGCCAUGAGAAGAGUCACGCUGUUUGUUAACGGAACGUCCACGAAUGGAAAGGUGGUGGCUGUGUAUGGUUCUAUGGAGGAUUUAUUGAGUGUGGCCAGUUCAAAACUGGGGAUAAGAGCCUCUAGUGUUUAUAACGGGAACGGCGGCCUCAUCGACGACAUAUCGCUAAUCAGAGAUGAUGACGUGCUGUACAUAUCAGAUGUUCAGGAGGACAUCAGAAACCCUGAGAGGUGUCAGACUCACACUGAUUGGCUGACGUUAAACGUCGGUGGACGCUGCUUCACCACAACAAGGAGCACGCUGGUCAGUAAAGAGCCUGAGAGCAUGCUGGCCCACAUGUUCAGAGGGAAAGAUGUGUGGGGGAACAAGCGUGACUCACAAGGGGCGUACUUGAUUGAUCGCAGUCCAGACUACUUUGAACCCAUCCUGAAUUACCUCAGACAUGGACAGCUCAUCAUCAAUGAAGGCAUCAACCCUUUGGGUGUGCUGGAAGAAGCUCGUUUUUUCGGUAUAGAACAGCUGGCCGAACAGUUGGAGACGCUCAUAAAGGCCUCCCAGCCCGCUGAUGAUCAUUCCCCUCUGACCCGCAAGGAGUUCACCAGGUUCCUGUUGGCAACAACCACAAAGGCAGAGCUCCGGUGUCAGGGUCUGAACUUCACCGGUGCAGAUCUGUCUCGUCUGGAUCUUCGCUACAUCAACUUUAAGAUGGCCAACCUGAGAGGAGCCAACCUGACCCAUGCUAAUCUGAGCGGAGCCAACCUGGAGAGGGCUGACCUGUCCAUGGCGUGUCUGGAUGCGGCGAACCUGCAGGGUGUCAUGAUGCUGUGCACCAACGCUGAGGGGGCGUCACUGAGAGGCUGUAAUUUCGAGGAUCCUGCAGGAAUCAAAGCGAAUCUGGAGGGAGCCAACCUGAAGGGUGUGGACAUGGAGGGAAGUCAGAUGACGGGAAUCAACCUGAGGGUCGCCACGCUGAAAAACGCUAAACUGAAGAACUGCAAUCUGAGGGGAGCCACGCUGGCCGGGACAGACCUGGAGAACUGUGACCUGUCAGGAUGUGAUCUUCAGGAAGCCAACCUGAGAGGCUCCAACGUGAAGGGAGCCAUCUUUGAGGAGAUGCUGACUCCUCUGCACAUGUCUCAGAGUGUGCGGUGAAAACCACAAUGAAUGAUGCCAAACCUUUUUUUUGGGGGGGGGGGGUGUUGAAUAUAAUUUUGUUUUAUAAGAUAAUUGUUUGUGAUAUUCAUAAAUAUUUCUGAGGUGUCUUCAAGAACUUCACAUACAUGUUAAUGACAAAUGAGCUCCUGUUCAACAGCAGGUCCAAUUCCUGCAGCACUGAAUGUUUCUUCAUUUUAGGAUAAAAGGUGAGCAAGAUAGCUACUGUAGAGUAAUGACUGAAACAGUUAAAGAAAUGAAAAGACAAGCCCUGAAGCUGCCUUCACACAUCCAGGGCGAGGUGGGACUCUAGUGUUCCUGCGGAUGAACCUCAUCAUCAGGUGUAAGAUUGGAGAUAUUUCUGUAGGAAGAAGUGAAACAGAACAAAGAGAAAAUAAAAACUUUGAGAAGCAGGAUAAAUUAGAAUCGGUUCACCUGUAUACUGAUCCUAGAUCUGUUUUUGAUCAGCUUUUAUUAUAAGAAGUUGGCGACAUGUAAAACCAAGGAAAUCUAUCCGUCUCUCAUACAACAAGCUUUACCCCCAUCUACAGGUCUUCACAUGUCCACAGACUCAGCCCCAAACCCAUAAACACCACAGUUUACAACCCAGAACUGAAGCUGAACUUUCCGGCUGUUAGCUGGAGAUUUGUAACUCCACAGUACCGAGACUGUUCAGAAUGUUUAUGUGUUAAUCUGAAUGUUGAGUCAUACCUCAAGAAAAACAGUAAAAAAAAAAUAUUCUUUUAUUUUUAAUGCACAGCCACCAGGGUCUUGCUUAGGGUGCCCACAGUGGUUCACUUCUGUUGACACUCCGGAGACUCGAACCUGUGUCUCUGGACCCCUGUAAGCAGUAGGCUACCACUCCCCCCUAAACAUGCAGUUUCUCUUGUUUGUUGCACAGUAACUCGCUUAGAUGCUCCUGACCAUCCAGCUGGGUCUCAUCACCCCGGAAGACCUUCAUCAUAUUACCUCAUAAACUAUUAAAAGGAUGAAUCCCAUUUAUUUCAGUCUGGUAGUUCUUACAAACAAAUGCAGAAAAUCCUCACUUUUCAA